UGAUAAUCAUUAGUGUUUUUGUCAACUAUAAAUUUUUGUUUUUCAAUAGUUUCUUUUCCCACAAAUCUCGUUUACAAAUUCUAUUUUCUUCCACUAAAGUAUAUAGACGGAAGCUCUAACAAGUAAACAAAUCAAAAGUUUCGGAAGAAAAAAAGUUUUUUUGUGUCAACUACCAGUGAAGAUUAGUCUUACGUGUUAAGAAACCGGAUAAAUAAACGUAUAUUUAAUAGUAUACACUUAAUUAAGGCAAUCGGCUAAAAUAUUAAAUAACGCGUUCAUUUUUAAAAUGGAGUAUAAUAGUUUCAAUUUUCCUAUAUAAACCAUACCGAGACCGUAGAGUCUUACACAACAAUCCUUCUACUUCUUACAUUUCUACCAACAAAAAGAAAAACAUAAUCAUUUAGCAUUGAAAAUUUUGAGAAAUGGCACCAGCUCCUAGUCCAAUCAAUUCUCAACACGUGGCGGUGAUCGGGGCCGGAGCAGCCGGUUUAGUAGCGGCCAGAGAGCUCCGUCGUGAAGGUCACACCGUUGUGGUCCUUGACCGAGAGAAACAAGUAGGUGGUCUUUGGGUUUACACACCUGAAACCGAGUCCGACGAGCUUGGUCUUGACCCGACCCGACCCAUAGUCCACUCGAGCGUCUACGAGUCUCUCCGAACCAAUCUCCCCAGAGAAUGUAUGGGUUACAAGGAUUUUCCGUUCGUGCCACGUAGCGAUGAUCCGUCAAGAGAUUCUAGAAGGUAUCCGAGUCACAGGGAAGUUCUUGCGUACCUUCAAGACUUUGCUACAGAGUUUAACAUAGAGGAGAUGAUCCGGUUCGAGACUGAGGUGGUUCGGGUUGAACCGGUUAACGGUAAAUGGAGAGUCCAGUCUAAAACCGCCGGCGGGUUUUCCGAAGAUGAGAUCUAUGACGCCGUUGUGGUAUGCUGUGGACAUUUUGCAGAACCAAACAUCGCUCAAAUUCCUGGAAUUGAGUCAUGGCCGGGGAAGCAAACUCACAGCCACAGUUAUCGAGUUCCUGAUCCAUUCAAAGAUGAGGUAGUGGUGGUGAUCGGGAAUUUUGCGAGUGGAGCCGAUAUCAGUAGAGACAUAUCUAAAGUCGCAAAAGAAGUUCAUAUCGCAUCUAGAGCAAGUAAAUCCGACACAUUUGAAAAGCGUCCCGUACCUAAUAACAAUCUCUGGAUGCACUCUGAGAUAGACACCGCCCACGAGGAUGGUACCAUUGUUUUCAAAAAUGGGAAGGUGGUACAUGCCGAUACCAUUGUCCAUUGUACCGGGUACAAGUAUUACUUUCCAUUUCUUGAAACCAAUAAUUAUAUGAGGGUUGAUGACAACCGUGUUGAACCUCUCUACAAGCAUAUUUUUCCACCGGCGCUUGCUCCCGGACUUUCUUUCAUCGGUUUACCAGCAAUGGGUCUACAAUUCUAUAUGUUUGAAGUCCAAAGCAAAUGGGUUUCUGCAGUUUUGUCUGGACGAGUUACACUUCCUUCGGUAGAUGAAAUGAUGGAUGAUCUUAAGUUGUCGUAUGAAACACAAGAAGCAUUAGGUAUUCCCAAAAGAUAUACACAUAAGUUGGGUAAAUCUCAGUGUGAGUACCUCGAUUGGAUCGCAGACCAAUGUGGAUUCCCACAUGUUGAACAUUGGAGAGAUCAAGAAGUAACUCGCGGUUACCAGAGACUUUCUAAUCAACCAGAAACUUUUCGUGAUGAAUGGGAUGACGAUGAUCUCAUGGAAGAAGCGUAUGAAGAUUUCGCUAGACAAAAUCUGAUCAGCUUUCAUCCUUCUCGUUUUCUCGAAUCCGGAAGAUGAAAUAUGACUAUGCUUGUAAAGGUGUCUACUUGUUUGGAUUCAAAGGUCAUUGAAUUAUGAAAAUAAUGUGGAAGUAAAUAGACUAUAAGAGUGUGUGGGUCUUCUUGACAAGGGUUACAUGUUGUUUGAUCUCUGGAAUUAGCUUCAUGGUGCCUAAAAACUUUUGCUUGCAGGACCAAUUUGUUAAAAAUAAAAGUAUGUAGUUAAUUUCGGGAAGUUUUUAUGAAUGCCUUGUUCAUUGUGCAAUUGUUUGUGGUUUUUGUUCUACAAAGAGUGUCCUUAAAUGAA